UUCGGUAUUUUCAAUUUUGAGCGAUAGGUCGACUAUAAUACGUACAGUUCUACCAUUGGCCUGCUACACAGACGUCACACGCACCGGGUAGUGGGGUUUUAACCAAGAGCUCUUCUACAGAGCGGUGAGGCUUCCCAAUCUCACAGUUGGUUCAUACUUUGUGUGUUGUGUACCGGUGAAUUCAACGAACGUUAAGAAAAUCCACUAUGGUUGACGCCGCGGUGUUGGAGAAACUUGAAACUGGUUUCAAAAAGUUGGAAGCUUCCGACUCCAAAUCUUUAUUGAAGAAAUAUCUCACUAGGGAGGUUUUUGAUGCUCUAAAAACCAAGAAAACGCCAACUUUUGGUUCAACUCUCCUUGAUGUAAUCCAGUCUGGACUGGAAAAUCACGAUUCUGGUGUUGGCAUCUAUGCUCCUGAUGCUGAAGCAUACACAGUCUUUGCUGAUCUCUUUGAUCCAAUCAUUGAAGAUUACCAUGGCGGAUUCAAGAAGACUGACAAACAUCCCCCUAAAAACUGGGGAGAUGUCAGCGUUUUCGGCAAUCUCGAUCCUGCUAGCGAAUUCGUCGUGUCCACUCGUGUCCGCUGUGGCCGUUCCUUGGAGGGAUACCCGUUCAACCCUUGCCUAACUGAGGAACAGUACAAAGAAAUGGAACAAAAAGUCUCCAGCACUCUCUCUGGACUCGAGGGAGAACUGAAGGGAACUUUCUAUCCACUGACUGGCAUGAGCAAGGAAGUUCAACAAAAACUGAUUGAUGAUCAUUUCUUGUUCAAGGAAGGUGAUCGCUUUUUGCAGGCUGCCAAUGCUUGCCGUUUCUGGCCCUCUGGUCGUGGCAUCUUCCAUAACGAUGCUAAAACAUUCUUGGUUUGGUGCAACGAGGAGGACCAUCUCCGUAUUAUCUCCAUGCAGAUGGGUGGUGAUCUUGGGGCCGUCUACAGACGUCUUGUAACUGCCGUCAAUGAUAUUGAGAAGCGCUUGCCUUUCUCUCAUCAUGACAGACUCGGUUUCCUUACUUUUUGCCCCACAAAUCUUGGUACGACUGUUCGUGCCUCUGUGCAUAUUAAGGUACCAAAAUUGGCUGCCAAUAAGGCUAAGCUUGAGGAAGUUGCUGCUAAGUACAACCUGCAAGUUCGAGGAACUCGUGGUGAGCAUACUGAGGCUGAAGGAGGCAUCUAUGACAUUUCCAACAAGAGACGUAUGGGUCUUACCGAGUUCGACGCUGUCAAAGAGAUGUACGAUGGCAUCGCAGAGCUCAUUAAAAUUGAAAAGGAAUUGUAAACCCCAUACAUUCGUAUCUUUCGUGAUUUAUUACAUAUAAGCAAUGAUAUACUAUAAUUUUUGUUUUAAGUAUCUCGUUUACCAAAGGUAUCAUCAGAGAUUGCUUUCAAUGCUAAAACUACAAUUUAUAAGACGUUAUGAAGUCUGAACCUAAGUUAGUGUAAUCAGCUUUCUAGUCGACAUUAUUUUUAAAAACUAACACUUCAUUUACAAAUAAUGUCAAACAUUGGAUUUACCCUAAUUUAUAAUUUAUUUUUAUCUUCUCUUUAUGUAUCUCUAAAAUAAGUAUUAUUUUCAACCACACGUUGCAGAUUUAUUACAGACAUUUAAUAAAAGACGUCCAAUGUA